GUUUUGCAGCCCUCUUGCAUAAUGUCGCAGACGCUUCGAGUGGAUCUUCAGGCUGAUGAUCGUGGCCUUCAUUCUUGCUUUGCGGCGAGUGGGGUCAAACAGGACUGGAUCCAGGCGGUGGUGUCACAUCAUCGUCUUGAGACUUUGGAUGAUUUCGUCUACAUGAUCAAUAAGGGUGAAUGGGAGUCUUCAUUGGCUGCCUUCGUUCAGGAGGUCGGUGUCAUUCGUGAUAAUCGCUUAGCUCUUGCACGCUUCAAGGCGGCCUGGCAGGCGGGCUCUGCGGCAAUCGCUGCUAGUCAGCAGGCUGCAACACGUCACCAGCAGGAGACUGAUCUUGAGGAGCCGCUGCCGGAGGCUACCACCCAGCAGCUUCAGCAUGACUUCCAGAAGGCCUAUGGCUUCGUGGUGGAGACGCACCUGGAGCCUUCUGACGCCCUGCGCGGGCGUGUCUACCGCGAGUUCAGGCGACACACCAUGACGGUCAUUGAGGCUCGCAAGAUCAAGUCCGUGGUGGCUCAGGCCACCCCUCAACGGGAGGAGUCUGUGAGUCUUCAGGGGGGCCUCACAUUGAACUUCCAUAAGGACUCGGUGGUUACUUUGCGCAAUGCUGUUGAUUACUUUUGGAGCUUGCGCAUCUUGGCCUACGCUUGGGCGUGGGCGGGCAACUACAUCUCCAAGGACAUCGACGGCAAGGAUAAAAAGAUGAUUGACCUCACAUCGGCCCUGAACUACGCCGACCUGGCGCUCCGCUGGUGCAUGGAGUUCGGGAAUGGCCAGCUCUCGUGGAUCCAACGGAACGAUGUCUUGACCAGGGGUAAGCUUGCUAGUCGGGUUCGUCGGGGUCAGAAUGUUGGCUCUGCUUUGGAAGAAGUUCUUCUGGAGUGCAGGCUUGAAUGGAGGACACCGUCCUCAUCGGCCUUCGCAUCCCCGCCUCCUUCUUUGGAAUCCGGCAACCGCCGCAAGGUCAUCGAGGAAGCAUCUUCUCCGGACAAUAAGCAGCGCCGACUGAAUACCGUGAGCAUGGCAAAGGGCGGUCGCAAGUUCUGUAAGCCAUGGAACGACAGCAGCUCAGUUCCGGACUCCCUUGCGGGAGCACUUCGCACAAUCGACAGAAUCACCCCAGCCCAUGAAAUGGGGUUGGCCCCUCUGCGCCCCCAGAGGGGCUCCCUGCAACCUUUGCUGGGGCUGCUGAUCUUGAGUCAGAUCCUGUUCCGAUUGCAGACGCGAAUCCGUCAGGACUUUUCUGAGAACGCUGUGCUACAGGUGCUACAGGCUGCCUUUUGCGAGCCAGUGAGGAGCCCUGCUGCAGUUCAUUUCUUGAACCGGUGGCUGUCGUCCACACCGACUCGGGAAAUGAGCCCGGAUGGUUCGGGUAAGGUUGCCCAGACAACUGCAAGUGGCGAGAGGUUGUUAGGUGCAGCCCCCGAAGUCUCGCUCUUCUCGCUUGGUGUCUUUGGAUGUCCAGCCUCGAGUAGUGCAGGUGGAUUGGCCCAGGCAAACAGACCGUACGAGGCGCGAGCCGGGCCUCCAAUCUGCAACCAGCGCCCAUCCGAGGUCUCGACCGAGCUUGCAAGCCGCCUCAGAGCGGCGCGCCCUGUCACUUGGCGCGGGGGCGGCGAUCUUCCUCAGCUGCCCAACAUUUCAGCUCCUCGGGGCACGUGGCUCGUGCUCGACAUGUGGGCCGGGAUAAGUGGUCUGUGCGUUGCCUUGCUAGCGCUUGGCCUUCACUUCUACGGUCUUGCUGCUGAGGUAGAUUCUACAGCCGUUGAGUGUGCAAAACAGGUGAUGCCCAGCUUGGUCCACACCGCCAGGGCCGAGGACAUCCAGGUAGAGACUCUCUUGCCCUUUGUUCAUAGAAGGCAACUGCGAGGCAUCAUCCUUGGUGGCGGCGCCCCAGGCCUUACGGAAACUUCUUCACAUGCUCUGCAUUGCGGUGAGUCCGGCUCCACUGACAAACACCCAGCAUUGUUAGCACGUCUGGCAGAUGAGCUGAGACAUCAUCCCGACUUGGUGGGUGUUGAAGUGUUUGUGUUUUUGGAGGGCGCGGCAGACUUACAGCCGCCUGUCCGUGACAGGUUCUCGACUUUGCUGCAAGCCAGUCCUGUGUUUUCGGAUGCACGCUUUUGCGGCUGGUCUUCUCGUAGACGUCUUUACUGGCUGUCGUCUGCUACCCGCAGCUUAGGCCCGGAUCAUGGCAAACCUCCGUUUGACUGGUCUUGGCAGUCCGUUGAUGAGUCGGCCCGGCAUGAACUCAGGUAUGUGGGCAAGAAGCCUUUGCCUAGGUCGGUUGGUUGGGAAGGCGGCUUUUGUCCCAUCUUUGAGCCUUCCCUCGUGAUGCAAGCCCAGGUCUCGCCCUUCUCCGAGUUCACAGUGGAGUGUAGGCAACCCUUUGCCAAAGACGCAGCUGUGCCACCUGCAGUUUUGGACAGGUUCUUUCAGGAUUCCCGGCGCUUUCCGGUUCAGUCUUACAGCGAGGGAAGCUUGUUGUGGAAUGAAACGCAAUGGCGCCAGCCCUCGCCAUCAGAGAGGGCCCAAAUCCUUGGGGUCCCAGAAUCGCUCAUGCACCCACGCGGCCCAGAUGCUCCCACACGUCAUCAGCGGGCCAACAGUCUGUUGGGACAGGGUUUUCAUGUCUUUACAGUGAUGGCGAUCUUCGCUAUGCUGCCAGGCCUUUGCGAAUCUAAGAUGCCACUACCAUUGAGCCUACAGGAUCCGCUGCAGGAGCGCAUUGCGGGCACAUUGUGGGAGCCCAACCGCCUUAGGGCUUUCCCGGGUUUGCUUGAUCCCGAGGCUCUUGUCCUUGACAUGCAAUCGCAGUUUCGGGAUUUCUCCUUGUCAAACGCUGUAUGGCAUGAUGUCUUGCAUCGUCUUACUUCAUGUGAUCUGCUGCUGCCUCAGGCAUCCGUGGCUUAUGCGCGAGGCACAGGCGCAGACUGGCAAUUGCUGGGCCCCACGGUCAUCAACCGUCGUUUGCGCGCCGCUGCAUAUACUAGCAAUUCGGGGCAACGUUAUAGUUCUGAGAGUGCUAAGGGCCUUGAUUUUCUAUUGCAGCCAGGGUUGGGCAAAGAGCGCCACAUUUUGGCUGCCAAAGCCCUUCCCUCACCCUUCCAGCCGAAACCGUGGCCAGAGCUUGACAUCCAUUUUGUGUUACACACUUUGGCUGUUUGGCGCGAGAACCUGCCGCUCCUGGCACAGCGGCAGCGUGAUGCUCUUCGCGCCAUCCAUCGGGCUUUACGUCCCCUGGAUGCGGCGCUCUGGCCUUUCAGGUGCUCCAGCUCGCAGCGCGUUGCCCACCAGAAGAGCCCCGCCUUUGCAGCUUGCAUGGUGUCCUUGCUUCGUUGGCCGGAUCGCACCAUCGCAGCCGAUUUAGUUCGGGGUUUUAGCAUCGUGGGCGAGAUUCCGCCGUCGGGGGUCUUCAGAAAGGUUCCUUUGUCUCAAGCUUCUGUUGACACAGCCUCCUGGCUUGCAGAAGAGGGCGCAGCGUCGGUUGAUGCUAUCUUGCAGUCAGGCCCGCCUCGCAUGCACAAAGAGAUCUUUGAAGUCACGUCUUCUGAAAUUGAGAAGGGUUUCUGCUCUCCGCUGAUGACAAGGGCUCAGGUCGAUGCACGCUUCGGCUAUGGCCAGUGGCGGCCUUUGGAGCGCUUUGUGCUUCAACAGCAGGAGAAGUCCAGGGUGAUCGACAAUGCCCGUUCUACACAUCAUAAUGAGAACACAGUGCUUUCUGAGACAAUUUUCACAACUAGUGUGGACUUUGUGGCUUGUGUUGCUCGUGAUGCUGUGCGCGCUCUUGCACGGGGCGAAUGCCCCGAAUGGUUGCACUUCAGGGUCGGCACGGAGGACCUCCCAGAAGCCUAUCGGGGCUUGCCCGUGCGUGAGGAUCACCUGAGGUUCUCAGUCGUGGCCAUAUAUGUGCCUGACUUGGGCUGGCGCUUCUCUAUCAUGUGGGGUCUCGCCUACGGCUUAGAGUCUGCCGUCGUUUCCUUUAACAGAUUCCCGGCCCUAGGCACAGCAAUUGCGCGCAGGUGCUGCUCAUCCUUGUGUUCUUUCUACUUCGACGAUGAACUCGCACUGGAGUGCAUGCGUGAGGCGGAUGUAUCCCGCCAAGGUGUGCUGUCAGCGUUUUCUUGCCUAGGCGCCCCGCCGCAGCCCCCUAAGAGCUUCCACCCCACACCGGACCGACACUACCUUGGAGUGUCCGUCCAUUUGGGUUUAGUCUCCUCGGCGGGGGUCUUCAGGGUUCAGCCUAAGUUUUCUACGCUUUGCAAAGUAUUGCGUACACUUCACCAUGUUUUGCAUACAGGCACGCUCCUGAGAGACACAGCCGGUAAGCUUCGGGGUGACCUUCAAUGGUUCUUCUCCGCGUGCAGUGGUUUUUCGGGCCGCUACGCCGGCCCUGUGCUUCGCAAGUUCCAACAUGGUGAGACCAGCAAGCUAUCAGAGGCUGAUGUGCUUGUGUUGCAGUGCCUCCUGCGUCUUGUGCGUUACGCAAGGCCCCGUGAAAUCUCCAUGACUUGGGAGGCGCCUCCCUUCAUGCUGAUUUACACUGAUGCUUCUUUUGAGGCGGGUGAGCUUCGCUUAGGCUGGGUCAUUUUUGACGCGGCUGCUACGCCCCUGGGCGGCACAUGCUUGGUCCCGCAGCAUGUCGUUGACUCGUGGAAGCCGCGUAAACAGCAGAUCUUCGUGGGUGAAACACUUGCAGUCUUGCUUUUGCCGCUGUUGUACGGGGAUCUUUUUCGGGGUCGUGACGCUUUGUGGUUUGUUGACAACCAGGGUGCUGUCACUGCCGCCGUGAGCGGCGCGAGCCCGGAAGGCGAUGUUCACGAAAUCGCCCACAUUGCAGCAUACUUGAGGUCUCAGUGCUCUUUUCAGGCCUACUUCGAGUGGAUUGAUUCCGAAUCGAACCCGUCCGACGGUCUUAGCCGUUUGGGCUUGGGCUGUACCUGGUCCCAGAACCAGGGUUGGCAGCUUGCCGAGCAUGCCUUUCCUGAAGCUGCUUUACGCACUAACUUGCAGAAACAGCUCGAGAGUUUGUGA